GGCAAAGCAGCCACGUUUGAAGGUAUUGGGCGAAUGGACGCGAGUCUGCUUACGUUCGGCCCUUGGGUUUCUUCAUCCGAUGGAAGGUCUUGAGUCGUUCUAGUCUUGUCCGAACUGGGGAAGUGACGGCGUUGGACAUGAGGUCUUUGAGUUGAAAGAACGGGGCCCCAGGAUAGUGUGUGAGGGUUUGGUAGGUAAGAAGGAGAAGCCGAGUUGGAAACAAGUCCCCGAAGACAGGUAGAUAAAAGAUAGGUUCUCCUUCCUCGUUUCUGAUCACUAUUCAUCAUCGCAUUUGUCCGUUUUCUUCAUAUUUACACACUCAAAAGCAAAGAAAGAACAGUCACACAAACACCACUUUUUUGUCACACCACACCUUUCACAAAGACAUAUACACACACAUCAGGCAAAAUGGCACCCAUCGCUCUUGAGCAGCCCAAUGUCGCUGAGAACUUCAACGACCACAAAGAUGGUCUCGCCCUCGAGGCAACCUCCGACAACAUUGACGAAGUAAACGUCCUCAAGGCCGCGUUGAAAGUCAAGAACGGCACCGCCACACAAGAAGAAAAGGACAUUUACGAAAACUCGCAAUUCGACGCCGACAAGGACAAGGAGCAAUUCCGCAACUACGAGGACGCUUGUGACCGUGUAAAGAACUUUUACAAGGAGCAGCAUGAGAAGCAGACUGUUGCUUACAACCUGCGCGCUCGUAACCGUUUCCACAGCAAGACUCGUGCUGAGAUGACCAUCUGGGAGGCCAUGGAGAGAUUAAACACAUUGAUCGACGAGUCUGACCCUGACACUUCUCUAUCCCAGAUUGAGCAUCUGCUUCAAUCUGCCGAGGCCAUUCGCCGUGAUGGCAAGCCUCGCUGGUUCCAAUUGACUGGUCUGAUCCACGACUUGGGCAAGCUUCUCUUCUUCUUCGACGCAGAGGGUCAAUGGGACGUCGUCGGCGACACCUUUGUCGUUGGCUGCAAGUUCGACGACCGUAUCAUUUACCCCGGCACUUUCGAGAACAACCCAGACAGCAAGGACCCCAUCUACAGCACCGAGCACGGUAUCUACACUCCUGGCUGUGGACUCGACAAUGUCAUGAUCAGCUGGGGUCACGAUGAGUACCUCUACCACGUCGUCAAGGAUCAGAGCACUCUCCCCGAUGAGGCUCUCGCCAUGAUCCGUUACCACAGUUUCUACCCCUGGCACAAGGAAGGAGCUUACCGCUGGAUGAUGAACGAAAAGGACGAGAAGAUGUUGGCUGCCGUCAAGGCUUUCAACCCCUACGACCUUUACUCAAAGUCUGAUGGUGUCCCCAAGGUCGAGGACCUCAAGGACUACUACAUGGAGCUCAUCGACGAGUACUUCCCUCAAAAGGUCAUUAGAUGGUAGAAUGUCUCUCCAUUUUUCCCAAUCUUCUCAUGACUCCUUUGAUUUCGACUUAGCGGAAAGCAUUAUUUGGAAAUGGAAAGAAAAACUCCUUUGACCAAAAGAAAAAUCUCCACCUUGAG